AUGCAGUGCUAUCCUUGGAAGAGUGCGAGGGUGAGGCCCUGUGUUCUCUCUCUUGGGCAUUUCAUCAAACACCUUCCAGGCGCCAAAUCGCACUCGUUUCUUCGCACUAGAUUUCACUCCAACACCCACACUGAUGUCGCUGUAAGCACGACAGCUUCAUGUUUCAAAAGCCUCAGUUCUAGCCAACAGAACCAAAUCCAUCUCUACGUUGAUACCCUUCUCCAGUGGAACCAGAAAAUGAACCUUACUGCAACUAAAGAAGCUGAACAAGUAAUGGAGAGACAUAUCGAAGAUUCUCUUGCGAUAUUGCCUAUUAUAAAGACUUGUUACAACGUCCAUUCCAGUGAGUUGUUUGACCACAUCAGUUUAAUUGAUGUUGGAAGUGGUGCAGGCCUUCCUGGGUUGGUUCUAGCCAUCGCAUGUCCAGAUUGGAGAGUUACUCUGCUUGAGUCUAUAAAUAAGCGUUGUGUUUUCUUGGAGCACGUUGUGAAUGUCACCGGCCUUACAAAUGUUAAAAUCGUAAGGGGCAGAGCAGAGAGUUGUGGGCAUGAUGUUAUGUACAGAGAGAAGUUUGAUGUGGCUAUUGCAAGAGCUGUUGCGGAGAUGAGAGUCUUAGCUGAAUAUUGUCUUCCUCUAGUCCGGAUUGGUGGAUUGUUUGUAGCUGCCAAGGGCCAUGACCCUAAGGAGGAGGUUCGAAAUGCAGAGAAUGCAGUUCGCAUGUUGGGUGGUUCCGUAUUGCAAAUUAGUCCAGUGGAUUCACAUAGCCCAUAUGGACAACGAACAACGGUUGUUUGUCGUAAAGAUCAUUCCACACCACAAAAAUACCCACGUGAAGCAGGUACUCCUUCUAAAUUACCAUUGUAA